GAGUACUUCUACGAAUAUGCUGAGCGUUUCGACAACCUGGCUCCUCUUGAGGAGCAGAAAAAGGUCGUACUUCCAGAUGGCUCUACAUUGAUGGUGCGAGACUACCAUGACCUAUUCUGCACUCUCAAUGGCUACUACAAUGUCUCGCGUGUGGCAGCAGUGAACGAUUACGAGUUCUUGACUCAUGUGUCUGCACAGUUCUGUUCGGUGAGGAAGCAGCAGGUGCCCAACUACAACAGCUUGACUCUCAAUGACCUGGUCCUCCAUGAAGACCCGCACAAUGAUUACAUCAACAAGCUGCUCAUGAGUUCAAACCCUGUGGUGUACCUCAACCAAUCUGACCUGGACAUGUUCCACACGGAGGCAGCAGUGGAAUGCCGCCUGGACAACGACAGCGGAG